UCGUGCGCAAAACAAAAUGGCGGAAGAUGAAGCAGCAGCGAACACCGUGGAAGAACCACUAGAUCUUAUUCGUUUGAGUCUAGAUGAGAGGAUUUAUGUAAAACUGAGGAACGAUAGAGAGCUCAGAGGAAAACUUCACGUAAGUAUUUUUGUUCCAUACUCUUUUGUGGACCGCCAUAUCCAGAUGUUAACAGACGGAAACAUUAAAAACUUUUCUACCAUAAAAGGGAUAUGCGAUGGUGAGGAGAUUAUUUGGAAAGAUGCAAAAAAAUCGAUGCUGUUUGUGAGGGGAGAUGGAGUUAUCUUAGUCUCACCACCGCUACGUGUUGGACUUUGAAAUCAUCAAGAAUGCUGCUUUCAUCGAAAUAUCACAACACAUAGAAGUAGUAAAGGCUUUUCCAAAAAGUAUUGUAUUUAUUGCUUUGAUAUUCAUCCAUCUUUCUAAAAAAAUUUGAGUCGAGUAAAUAAAAGGAUAAUCAUGUCUGAA